AUGAGCGACGAUGGCGACCGCACCUGCCCGCUCUGUGCCGAGGAGAUGGACAUCACUGACCAGCAGCUCAAGCCAUGCAAAUGCGGCUAUGAUAUUUGUGUUUGGUGCUGGCACCACAUCAUAGACAUGGCUGAGAAGGAGGAAACAGAGGGCCGCUGCCCUGCAUGCCGCACACGCUAUGACAAGGACAUGAUCGUCAAGAUGGCUGCCACUUGUGACAGGACGGUGGCAGAGAAAAAUGCAGAGAAGAAGCACAAGACCCAAAAGGUUAAGCCAAAGGCAGCACCACCAACAACAGCAAUGUCAACCGUAGAAUCUAAGAAGCAUCUGGCUAGUGUCAGGGUCAUCCAGAGAAAUCUGGUGUACAUAAUUGGGCUACCUGCGCAUUUAUGCAACGAGAGCGUACUUGAGCGCAGGGAAUACUUUGGUCAAUAUGGGAAAGUUUUGAAGGUUUCAGUUUCCCGUCCGACUGGGCCUCCCUCUCAGGCAUCAGCAAACAGCAAUAUUAGUGUGUAUGUCUCUCUGAACUGGCAUGCUUUGGUACUACGAAGUAUUGCCAUGCAUGGCUGCGAAACAUGGGGGCAGCGUGAUUUGAAUGCCAGGACAACAGCUACUGGGGCAACAUCAUCACAAUCUCAUACAAAACCUAAAUCAGAAUCACAGAGUAAUCCAUUUUCAAGUUCUUCAGUAAUUUCCAGUACAAAAACACCCUCUUCGUGGAAUGAUGAUACAAGUACAGCAACAAAAAUGUCUGAAGGACAGCAAGUGUCAGAAAAAGAGUCUAAAACCUUGCAGCCGUAUAAGCCUGGUAUUUCAAAGGAAACACAAGCUCUAUCAUCACUGGAGUCAUCACUGGACAUAGAUUUCUCGACAAUACCUUCAGCUUGGAAUGACGAUGACAUUGUAGUAUCAGAUGGGAUGUCAAAAGGAAGCGAUGAAAAUCAAGUUGCAAAUGAAAAUGGCGAGCUAACCCAUCCAGCAUCUAAGCCACUGGUUUUAUCUAAGAAAGACAUAACAAUGAACAACAUUACCAGCAAAAGUCCUUCAGAUUUUGUAUCAAGUCUAGCAAUAUCUAAAUCAGAUGCAAGUACGAGUGAUGGUGACCACUCACUUACCAAUAUUACUCCUAAAAGCCUUACAUCAAAUGCUGUAGACUGCCAAUCUAGUCGUGCUGCUGGGGAGAAAAUAUUGGAGGAUAUUGGAUCCAGGAACACUGACAUGGAGAAGCUAUCUGCUCAGAUAUCUUCAGUAAAAUUAGGUGGCAACAAUGAUAUUCAGAGUAUGGCAGGAAAUCAGCAAUCAGAUGUAAUGCCAUGCACAUCUCUUGAUGUGCCCAUGGAUCAGAAUUUUGACAAAGACCAAUCUCAUCUCAAUCUUGAUGAGCUCUUCUUACCUUCAGAAAAUAAGGAUACUAUUCUUUCUUGUCAAUAUAGUUCUGAUAAGCGUCUUGAUUGGAGUUCAGAGCUGCAAAAUUGUAGUGUGACUCCUUUAAAUGAUAUAGUAGAUUCUACAAUGCUCACUGACAAACUUCAUAGUAUACUACUGGAUGGUUCAAAGCAACCAUCAUAUUCGUCAUUUGCCCAAUUUCCUAGUACAUUGGAUAAUUCAUUGUGGAAUGAUACAGAAAGUAACCCUGCAUUGACGAUUGGCACUAGAGCUUCACAGACGGGGUUUUCUUCAAUAAAUAACACUUAUGUCUUGCCAAAUGGAGGUCAAGAUGGGCUAGGGACUGUAUAUACACAUGGUAAUGUUUCUGGACAUCCUGGAAUAGGAAGUCAUCAGCAUAGAGCAAUGGGUUCAGAUAGUAUAGGAAGUUUUGACAAGACCAUAAGCGUAAAUAAGGAUGAGAGCAGAAUAAUUUCUGAUAUGUUGUCGUCAGAGUUUAAUCCGUGGGAUGAUUCAUAUUCGACUGCUAACAAUUUUGUUAGGAUGCUUAGGGAAUCUGAAAAUAAUGAUGUCCAUUUCACUGCGCCUUCAUGGAAAUCAGGAACUGGGAGCAAAGAGUCCAGAUUUUCAUUUGCUAGACAGGAUAACCAAGGAAACUUGUUAGAUUCAUCUCUCAGAAACUGUGGUACUGGUACUGAGCAGAAUUUGAGUUUGCUGCCCCAGAAUUCUCGAGGAAAUAUUUACCAGAAUGGCCUUGCAUUCCAAUCUCUAGAAAAUGAUUUUUCCAAUAGCAACUCUCUUGGUGUAUUAGACAUGGCAACUGCUGGUACAUCGAGAUCUAAAAUAUCUGCCCCCCCAGGAUUUUCAGCACCAGCAAGAGUCCCCCCUCCUGGAUUUUCUUCUGCAUUUCCAUCCCAGGAUAGUUUGAACCCCACUCCUGGGUUUCCUUCUGGAAUUUCGUCUCAUGAUGGGUCUAUCCCCCUUCCUAGAUUCCCUUCUGCAUUUUCUUCUAGAAUUUCAGCUCAGGAAGUGUCUAAGCCCCCUACUAGACUGCCUUCUCCAUUUUCUUCUGGAUUUUCAUCUCAGGAUGGACCUAAUACCUCUUCUAGGUUUCCUCCUGCAUUUUCUUCUGGACUUCCAUCACAGGAUGGCCCUAAUCCCCCUUCUAGAUUUCCUUCUGCAUUUUCUUCUGGAUUUUCAUCACAGGAUGGGUCUAAUCAAUCAUAUGGCUCAACAUACCAAGACAAUCUUCUCCGGGAUACUGUUUUGGGUGGCAACAGUAAUCAUUACCAAUCUCAGUUUGGAAGGCAUGCAAGUGAUAUGGAGUUUGAUGAUCCUGCUAUAUUAGCUGUGGGCAAAGGGCUGAUGCAUGGAAUUGGCGAUUCAGGGCUGGAGAUGAAAAAUACUCCUGCUUUUCAAGCACAGUUGCAACCAGCAGGUAGUGAUUCAAGGUUUCAGUUGCAUAUACAGCCAAAUGUGCAGUCUCAUCAAAACCUGAGAUUCAUAGACCCUAUGCAGGAUGGCUUGAACCAUAUGAAUGAUAAUUACCUGGCAUCCAGAUUUUUAGCUCAGAACCAUGGUCCUAUAUCCCCUUAUGCGCAGAUUCCGCAACAACCCAGAAACUCGCAGCUUACAAGUGGUCACUGGGAUGGGUGGAGUGAUUCAAGACAAGGGAAUAACACCACAAUGUCAGACAUGUCGAGGAUGUUAUAUCCAAGUGACGUGAACAAGAUGCACAUGCUGGGUUCAAAUGAUAUCUAUAACAGAGCCUUUGGAAUGUGA